AUGGAGAACCAUCUCGCAAACUUCACCACCUGCGCAGGUUUGGUGGUAGUUGCAGUUUGCCUUCUAUACGUGCCAUACCUGUACAGCACAACUGACUCCAUAACCAAUGAUUUGGCCGUCAGAAUGGAUCAAUUUAGAAUCCGUAGCAAUGAAAUAACUGUGGCCCUUCGUGAACGUAGCAGUCGUUAUGGCACUAUUCGUCGCGAAAGGCAGGCACAAGGUGUAUGCAGCUGCAGCGGGCAAAACCUGUGUCCUCCAGGUCCAGGAGGAGCUCCAGGAGCUCCUGGAUUCCCCGGAGAACCUGGUAAACCAGGACCUAAAGGAGCACCAGGUGUUCCUGGACUUCUACCACCACUACCGCAGCAAGAUAACACAGGUAGUUGUAAGGUUUGCCCACCCGGACCUGUUGGUCCACCAGGACAGCCAGGACAACCAGGACCUCCAGGUGAAAAGGGUAUGCCUGGAAAUCCUGGAUUCGACGGACCACCAGGAGAGAAGGGUCCUGGAGGUCUUCCCGGUGCACCUGGGAACCCAGGACCACCUGGAAUUCCUGGACAACCCGGACAGCCUGGAAAGGACGGCGAAGAAGGUGGCACCGGGCCCGCUGGACCACCGGGACCUCCCGGAAUGCCAGGAGGAUCAGGAAUCAAUGGUGAGGCAGGAAGACCAGGAUCUCCCGGACUACCCGGACCACCUGGUGAGAACGGGCCAUCUGGCGAGAACGGAGCAGGUGGGCCACCUGGAACUCCCGGCAGCCCUGGACAACCUGGAGCUCCUGGACCCGACUCCUUGUACUGCCCCUGUCCGAGAAGAUCUCGUGCAAAGGCACGAAAGGCUCGAGCAAAGCACUAA